GCAUUUUCUGAGAAGGUCCUUCCCUUUUUCAACCACAAUGGAGUCCAAAGAGAUUUACUCCCUUAUUAGUAAUUCUUACCUUUAAAUUCAUUUGGGUUACAUUCAGCCUAUAUUUCUCGUUCAUUGUGAGCAGGUUUUCUCAACUGGCACACUAACUGAAUCUUAUCAAACCCUGUCUUUUUUCAUAGGUGCCUUCUUUAGUCAGGAAAUUGUCUCAGGCUAUGUAGCCAACUAAUCUCAUUUUCUCAUUACAAAGCUGCAUUUUGAUUUUGGAACGAAUAAGCAUCUAACCAAAAAGUGAAAAAGAUUCUGGGGUUUCUCUUUAAUGAAAAUGGUUCCCUUACAACGACAGAGAGAUUAUCCAGAAUUUACCUAAGGAACAUUUCCCCCGAACACGUGAAAACAAUGUCGUUGGCCUAAAACUAAGGAUAAGACACAAAAUACACUUAUCUUUAUAGGCAUGACUGAGUAUAAGCUUGUUGUUGUCGGAGCAGGAGGUGUGGGGAAGAGUGCGCUGACAAUCCAGCUCAUCCAGAAUCACUUUGUGGAUGAAUAUGACCCCACCAUUGAGGACUCGUACAGGAAGCAGGUGGUGAUUGACGGGGAGACGUGUCUGCUGGACAUCCUGGACACUGCCGGUCAGGAGGAGUACAGCGCCAUGAGGGACCAGUACAUGAGGACAGGAGAGGGCUUCCUCUGUGUCUUCGCCAUCAACAACGUCAAGUCCUUCGAGGACGUCCACCUGUACAGGGAGCAGAUCAACAGGGUGAAGGACAGCGACAGUGUGCCCAUGGUGCUGGUGGGCAAUAAGAGUGACCUGGGCACCCGGAGUGUGGAGAGCAGACAGGCCCAGGAGCUGGCCCGCGGUUACGGCGUGCCCUUCGUCGAGACAUCGGCCAAAACCCGACAGGGAGUGGAGGAGGCAUUCUACUCUUUAGUCAGGGAAAUCAGGAGGUAUAAGGAAACCAACCGCAGCAGCAAGAAGAGCAAGAAAAACACGCCGAGGCGUUGCGCCAUACUAUAGCACCACACACACACGCACAUAUCCCAGUAACCCACUCAUGCACUUCCUUUAUGACACCGGAGACGUCACAUUUCAUAGUGACAGUGGAGUCAGAAUAAUGACUCAGGUUUCACUUCCUGUCAUUGGUGUCGUCACCUUAGUAAUGGAGGCAUCACUUCCUGUUGCUUGGCAUUGGCUGCAUCUGUUAGUGUUGUGACAUUGGUUGAUCCACGUUGUGUUCUGACAAGUGUAACAAGAAACUAGAAGUUAUAGCGUUUUAAAGUGGUAUUGUAAAAAGUGGGUUUAAAGAGAGUAGGAUACUCUUUGGGAUGUAUAGGUUGGUUUAAUAACGAGCAGUCAUGUACUGACCCUUGUCGUGAAUGAUACUUGGAGAGAAUUCUGUCAUUAAUUAAUGGCCCAGAUUGUGUAGGUACAUAUUUCCUAUUACUUCCCCCAAAUGGAAAAAGGUAUUUUAGUGUUGCUAAACUACAUUUUGCAUUGAAGAAGUCACUAUAGGUUACUAAUGCAAUCCAAGGUCAUUUUCUCUUCGAUAUUUGUACACAGAUGUGGCUUUCUGUCUUCUAACACCCCUGCAUUGUUGUGAGAGUGAAGGUUUUUCAGUUGUCAUUGGACACCAAAUCACUCGGUCUCCUCGAUUUAAUCACCGUGAGUCGAAGGCUCCCUUUUGUCAUUUACUGUUGCCACAUAUAAUCGGAUGUUUUCAGAAUUGGGGAAAAUGUGGUUUGGGUUCUUUUAUCUCCCUCCUGAUUUAAGUUACAGGUCAGGUUCCUACCAGUCCCAUUUAUACUAUAAACUUGUGUACAUGCUAAAGUCUAUGUAAAUUCUUAUUGCCAAGACUCAUAUUGCCAUUUUAAUGAGCAUUAUGUUUUAUUAUUUAGAUACAGAUUCUGGUUAGCAUAAACUUGAGAGUGCAUGGUCAAAGUCCUUACACUAAGUGAUAUGCCAGUUUAAUGGUUAAGAACUAGUGCGGAAAGAACCCCCAGUACCAAAUCAACCGUUGCAAAUGAGUUAUUUGUAAUUGGGUGAGAAUCAAUCUUCAAAGCUAAAGCCAGCACUGUUUUUUUUCCCCCCAACAUGUUGAGGGUAGCAAAUAGAUCAUGUCAGAGAUGGGAAAUGGGAUUUUACUAUCAUGUACAGUGUUCAAUACAAAACAUGUCUUUGCUCGGAAACUACAGAGGCCAUUCAUGUUUAUUUACUGUUUAACGGAUGCCCAGCUUCAUACAUACGCAUAUAAUAUUAAAAUAAUCACUCAGUGUGUCAAGCAGUUUAAUGAGUUUGUAUGGCCCAAUGGAAUGUUACACAGAAUUCAAAGCUACAGUUUCCAUUGUAGGACCAUGGGGUCCCUAGACUACAUCAUUAGAAUGUGUUGUCCCACUAGCUAGUUAAAGCACUAGCUUUUAACUGUUGAGUUAAAAGGGAAUUGGGAGACACCUGCCAUUUACAUUCUGAAAAGGUGUCAGACCCAGACAUGUUUUUUUUGGUUAAAAUUAUGCAAAAUGGGUCAUUUGACACAUCCCAAAUAACAAAUGUAUUAUAUGACCUGUGGGCUAAGAAGUGAACCUACCAUGUCCCUGGUCUUGCCAAGAUGCUCUAAAUAAACCUCAUGGAUGAAUUGAUUGAUUCAGUGGUUACUAAAAGUAACUCGUAGGUGUUUCUUGUAGUUUUAGAUUGUCCAGGCCAGUGCAGCAGAACCAAUGCUCUCAGUGUUACUCAACUCCAGGGCCAUUACUUCAUGGAUUUUGUCUGUACGAUAGGACGAAAUCCAUUCGCGUGAAUAAACGGGAUUGUUGUGUUCAGUAGUCAUUCUAUUUCUAUGCAUUUAACCACAUCCGUACGUGCUGUUGCACUUGUUUGUCUCAGCCCAGCAUUAAGACGUUUGAUGAAACCGCUCAAGAGCUUGUUGAGCGUUAAAGCAGGCGUGCUAGUGCUGGGUGAGCGUAAACCGCUGCGCAACCGUAGGAAGGCCCAUGACCGGAGUUGAGCAGCACUGCUGGAAUACAUUGCACUUUUAGAGACCAGACCGCAUACAGUGUACUGUACAAACCACUCCCUCACACCCCUGGUCUUGUCACUUGAAGAUUGUUUCAUGAAUAAAGUGGUUUUUGGCUA